AUGUCGAAUAUCCCGUUGGUCCGUCGUGCAAUCGUGGGGGCAGCGUUGGCUCAAAGUUCUGUAUCAAACGAACCUUUGGAGAGUCCGGAUGAAGGUAGCCAAUGGACCCCAGCAGCUUUAGAAAGAGCCGGCUCAACUUUGAAAGCUUUGAAUCGCAUGGCGAAAAGACCACCUGUGCAUAUUCUUUUUGAAGAUGUUGGAUUUACUGUCAGUUCAGGAAAAGGAGAACUUCGAAUACUUCACAACGUGUCAGGAGAGUUUCGGUCCGGAGAGUUAACAUGCAUCCUGGGACCCUCAGGCGCGGGGAAGUCAACUCUGUUGAACAUACUAGCUGGAUACACUUCGAUCGGCGUAAAUGGGCGCAUCACGGUGAACGGGCAUGCACGCGAUAUGCGAGUGUUCAAGAAACUCAGCAGCUACAUCAUGCAGGAUGACCUAUUGCAGCCGUGGCUCACCGUCAAGGAGGCGAUGAUGAUAGCUGCGGAUCUCAAACUAGGGAAAGAGUUAGGCAGGGCAGAAAAAGAACUGAUUGUGGAGGAGAUACUUCAAACUCUUGGCCUGUGGGACCAUCACAACACAAUGUCUCAAAACCUAUCUGGUGGUCAAUCUAAACGUCUCUCAGUGGCGUUGGAGCUGGUCAACAACCCGCCAAUCAUAUUCCUUGAUGAACCUACCACGGGCCUGGACAUAGUGUCAAUACGUCAUCUAGUGGUGCUUCUACGGUUGCUAUCACGACAGGGGCGAACCAUUGUAUGCACCAUCCACCAACCCUCCGCUUCAUUAUUCUCGCUCUUUGAUCGUGUCUACGUCUUAUCAAGAGGGCUAUGCUGUUAUCAGGGUGCAGCGCCUCUUCUCGUGCCGUUCUUAUCAGAAGUCGGUCAUGUGUGUCCCAAGACGCACAAUCCGGCUGAUUUUGUGUUGGAAACCCUGCUGGCAGACAUGGAAUCAUCAGCGCAGAUGGCGGAACUGUGUCAAAAUGGGAAGCUCUGUAGGAGGCUUGAUAGGCUGACUAUUAGAGGAGGACGGAAGCCAGUAUUACAUUCGGACGAGUCCAUCCAGCGGAUAUUCGUGGAGCACGUCGCCAAGGAACAAAUGCAAAAGAUGGAGUUCCCCACCACUUUUAUGACCCAAUUCAAGAUCCUAAUAAAACGAAUGUUUACACAGACUAUAAGAAAUUCGCUAAGUUUAUGGAUUCAACUCUUGCAUCACGUGAGCGCCGCAGGUCUACUUGGUGGUAUCUUUUUCAUGAUCGGCAACGACGGCAACGCGCCCAUAGCCAACUUCAAGUUCUGCCUGAGCUGCGUAGUCUUCUUCAUGUAUACCUACAUAAUGAUACCCGUGCUGUUGUUUCCCAUGGAGUUGCGAAUGCUGCGCCGGGAGUAUUUCAAUCGGUGGUACAGUUUGAAGGCAUACUACGCUGCGCUUACGCUUUCAACUUUGCCCUUUAUGUUAAUCUUGGGAUUGCUGUUUAUUGUCAUCGGCUACGUGAUGUCGGGGCAGCUGCUGGAAUGGGAUCGCUUCAUACUGUUCACGAUAAGCGGCAUAAUGAUAGCUAUUUGCUCGGAAGGACUUGGUCUGCUCGUCGGGUCUACCUUCAGCGUUACUAACGGGUCGAUCGUCGGGCCAGCGACGGCAGCGCCCCUCCUGGCACUGUGUUGUUAUGGCAUGGGCUUUGGAUCAUACAUCGAAUGGAUAAUGAAGAUGUUUAUGUCCUUAUCGUACCUACGUUAUGGUUUAACCGGAUUCUGCCUCGCGUUGUACCAAAAAAGGUCUCUAAUGGAGUGCAACACAGAUUUUUGUUUGUACGCAGACACAAAAAUCCUACUCAGAGAUUUGGGCAUGGCGAAUGACAACUAUGGAACCCAAAUAGCUGGACUAUUAGCGUUUACUGUAGUGUACAGAUUCUUCGCUUACUUUAUGCUCAGGUACCGUCUGACGACAGAAUAUAGGAACAGAUUAAUGACUUACGUAAGUAAAUUUCUGAAGCACAGAUAGAACGGUUUCCGUCGGCCACUCAUGUAUACACUGCGGACUAUGUAAAUAAUGAUGCCAAUUAUGUUAUACAAAAAUCUCUAAACUAAACUUCAAUUGGGGUAUGUGGGUUACAAGUAUGAUCUUCUGCAACUCUAGGUAAAGAAACAAGGCAAAAGGGAUGUGGGAAGAAGAACAUCCUGGCUGAAGAACUUGCGCUAAUCGUUAAAUAAAAGCAACCAGUUUUUUCAGACCUGCUAUGUCUAAAAUUCUAAUUUUGAGAAUGAUCGCCGAACCUCGCUACAAGAAGCACUUCAAGAAGAAACAAAAUUUAAAAAACACCAAUAUUAUCCUAAUGUAAAAUAAAUCCAAGGGUAAUAUAAUAUAUGAAUUUGUUGCACCCGACUGGCGGGUAGGCAUAUAAAAACUUAAGAUUACCUUUAAACCCAAAAGUAGAAUAAGUUUUGAGAUUGACCUCAUAAAAACAAAUCAAUUUGUACAAUUUUGUAUGGAAUUUCAAUGUUACCGAAUUUAAAAGGUUAUAUUUAAAAUAUGCUCUUUAAUUUAAUACAAAUAAUUGGGUAGGUUUAAUAUUAAAAUAACUAUCUGUGAUUUUUUUUGAUAAGCUUUAUGCCUAAUUAAGUUAGAAAAUAUUUGAAAUUUGAUAUCAUUUUAUGUUUUAAAUUGUAUUUCUAGAUAAAAAUAAUUA